AUGAUAAAAUAUAUAUUAUCUAUCUAUUCUUUUUCAAGAAAAUUGCCAUCUUAAAUAGCAAAAUAAGUUUACAUGUAAAAGUUAAGAGAAGAUGAUGAGUUUAAAGAAUUAGUUAAAAAAGACUAAUAAACAUCUCUUAAAUAAAUAGAAGGAGAUAAUUAUGUUCCUGAACCAAAGAGGGGAGAUUCAAGAGUGCCAAGAGUUAAAGAGAACUUAAAAGAAACAGAUACACAUUUAAUAUAACAGAAGAAAGUAAAUUAAAUAACAAAAAUAAUAAGCUAGAUUCUGCAUUAAAAGUAUUAGAAGCAAAAGAUAAAACAUCAAAGGCUGUUGUAAAGAAUGCAAUCAAGGAAGAGUUUUUUCUUAUGAAAAAGUUAUCAGAAGAAAAUGCUAAGUUGGAAGAAGAAAUUAAAGUAAAGAAUAGAAAGAAAGAAUUAAAGGAUUUAUUUAAAUAAAUUGAAGAAAUGGAAAUAGAACCUGAUGAAUAAAAUGCAGAAGUUAAAUAUAUAUUAAAACUAUUAGCAAAUUCCAUAUUUUAAUAAAUUAACUAUGGAAGAGAAAUAUAAAAGAAUUGAUGAUUGGAAUAAAAGAUAUAAUAUUUUAGGAAAAGUAGAUCCUUAUCUUUUGUAAAGGGCUAGAACUAGUUAAAACAUAGAGAGUUUUAUUUAAACAAAUUUUGAAAAUGAUUAAAAAUAUUUUGAUAAGUUCAAUAUAAAAGGAGGUGUUACUAUAGGUGAGAUUCUUACAAAUAAGGCUUGUACAGUUGUUUGGAUAUAUAUUAAUUUUUUAGAAAAGUUAGAGAAAAAAGAAUUAAAUGAAUAUUUAUAAAAAUUGAAUAAGAAUUCAAAAUAAUUAAGUUGGAAAAUGUGUUAAGAUUUAGGAUUAAAAUAUGGACCAGAUAUUCGAUUUUGUUUGAGUAAAAGAGAAGAGAAAGAAAAUGAAAUAAAAAAGGAAGUAGAUGAAAAUGCAAAAGCAUUAGUUUAAUAAGAUUUAAUAGAAAGAUAUUAAGCAGGUGAGAUUCCUAGAAAGAUUAAAUUAUCUAAAUUUAAUGAAAUUAUUUAAGAAUUAAAAGAAAAGAAAGUAUAUUUUACAGGAACAAUUUCAAAUUCUGAAAUACCAUAAUCUAAACGAACGGCUGAUGAUAAAGAGAUAAGAAAUAAGAAAAGUAAUACAAAUGAAAAAUCAGCAGCUGAUAAGUUUUGGGAUUAACUAUGAGAUUUGAAUUAAAUGAUUAUAACCAAUUUAUUU